AUGGAGGACAAAUUGAAAACCCUUAAACAGAAAUGUAAACAGUUGGAAGGAAAAAACUCAAAACUUCAUGGAAAAAUAGCAGCUCUAACCCAGAAUUUAGAAGCAAUUUCUAACAAAGAAAUUAAUGAAGAGAUCAAUGCUAUGUCAACAGACAUCCCUACAUCUAACCAGUACAUGACCUUACCUGAUGAAUCCACUCAUGAAAAUCCUAUUCCCAUUGAGCCACCCUCCAAUCAGGACUCAGACAUUCAACCAAAUGAAGAAAAACCUGCCGAAGAUUUAUCCACCCAGAUAAAACCUCUUGCUAUUGAAAAUCCUAAUUUACCUAGUCCAUCCAACACACCAGAAAAUCAUGCAGAGACCAUUAUAUUAUGUGAUAGUAAUGGCCGCUAUUUAAUUCCUUCCCUACUUUGUCCCACAAGCAAAACCAGCUACCUAAGAUGCCCUACCUUAAUGAAAGCAAAAGAAAUCCUGGAUAAAACCUGCUUUAGCAAUCCAAGAACAUUUAUUAUUCACACAGGAACCAAUGAUUUGGAUGUGGAACUCAUUCGCACCAAAUAUCCAGAAUGUCGGGUAAUUCUAUCUUCCCUUCUCCCCAGAAGUGACGAUUUAAAUAACAACGCAAUAGAUUUGAAUGAAACCCUUAGUAAAGCACUCUUGGCAAGAAAGAAUUAA